AUGGCCAAACGAACUUCGAAGAAGAAGAAGAAGUCUAAGACCAGAAAAUUGGUUAUACCAACGGAGUCUUCGGAAGCAGAAGCAGUGAUUGAAACUACUACAUCGCCUAAAAUUUCAUCUCCUGAGAAGACCAUCGUCAUACCACCUGAUGUUUCGACUACCAAAUCAUUACAUGAGGAGGUACGAACAUCAGACAUCCCUACAAACGUAUCUAAUACGGAUGUAAAUGUCACCAUGGGUGAAGGAGAUCUCUCUAAAGACACUUCACAAGCUCAACAAGAAUCUGAGGAAGAAGGAGGUUUUGGAGGUACAUUCGAAGAGUUGGAAUUUGAUGAUGAAGAGGAGAAUUUUCCUGACCAUAUGAUUAUGUCCAUGAAACAAUUCAAGAUACUGAUUAAAAAGCUCAAUUAUAUAAUUCAAUCUCAAGUAGAUACGGUGGGAAACAAUUCUGUCUUAGGAAUGGCGAUUGAUGGUUUAUUGAAAGCAGUUGAAGCUCGGCUGGUGAGCAAAAUGUCUGGGAUGUUGAAAGAUUCGGAAUGUCGAAUCAUAGAGAAAUUGGAUCACAAUGAUCAGAAUUCAGAGUUACAAGUGAAUUCUCUUGAUACAAAGUUUUUUGGUACAGUAAAAGAUUUGCAGGCUGUAGCCAAAGAAAGACAUACAUUGUUUGUCCUGGAUGUGAAGAAGGUGCGUGAAGAUGUUAAUUUCAAGCUCCAAGAACUUCGUGAGGAAAUGACUAAGGAGGUUACAGUGGUUCAAAAAGACUAUGCUUCAUUACAUCAGAAAUUUGAUAUCAUAGCUAAUGUUGUAACGAAGUUUGUGCCAUUAUAUGAAGCAAUGACUCCUCAACUUUCGAAUUUGUCCACUCAAGAAACGAAAAAUCUAACUGAGCUUUCUUCUCAGUUAACAGAGUUAAAGGGUUUGAUUAUGAAGUCCAGAUCUUCCUCAUUCAUUACUCCUAAGUUUUUUUCGCAAAAGUUUACACACUUUGAGGCAAUUCUUCAAAAGCAGUUAGCUCAUCUGUCCAAGAUUUCAACUUUAUUACCAAUGGAUGCCCCACCUGUUUUUACAGGGGUGCAAGGGGGAGAGAGGAAGGUUGGUAGUGCAAAGGCUGGUGGUGAAGCUUUGCAUGAGGAUGCUAAGGUUGUUGGGAAGGUUUAUUCUUCAAAACUUUCGACAACAAAGCCAGUAAUUACAUCUGCUGGGCCUGUUACUUCAACAAUUGUAACAUUCGUACCAAUCCCAAGACCAAUUUCAAAAGGAAUUAUGAUUGGUUCUUCAACUGGGGGUUGUGGUAUUUCAAACCAAAAGAUGUUAUUGAUAGUUCUGCCAUCAAAGGCAAAGGAAAAACGAUUGUGGUGGAAAAGUCUAAGGAAGAGAAGAAAGCAGAAGCAGAAGCCGAAAUGGAAAAAUUUAGAAUCAUUCAAAGCAGCAUGA